AUGGACAGCAUAUUCGCCAUAGGAUUCGGUCUCGCCCUUCGUUUUGUCGUCGACACCGUCGGUCGCAACAACCUCAAGCUCACCGGUACUAUUAUUGGCCUCUGGGAGGGCAUCGUGCUCCUUCAUUUCCUACAGAAAAUGCCAUAUUCCUUUGACCCGUAUGUUGGAUAUGCGGUCCGUCUUUUUAUCGAUUUUCUGUUCACCGAAAGCAUUACUCGCUUGCUUCUUGUCGUCGUCUGGAGCGGUUUGGGGGUUGUGCUGGCAGAUGUUGCACCAGGCAUUUGGCAUGAUACGGGCAUGCGCAAGGCAUGGCACCGCCUUAGGCGGGAGCUCUUCUUGCUGACCAGGUCGGUACCCACUUUGACGCCAUUCACGAAGCCUCGUAUUGUCCGAUUUUCGCCUUCUCGGACGGCCUCUAUCAUUUCCUCAGCAACAUUCACACCUGUACCCCGUGCGCCCAAGAGACCGGUGCCAGGCUUUUUCCCAGGCGAAGUGUCGGAGACAGAGACCCAAAGCUCGUUAUCAGGCAGCUCGCCAGCAUCUCCCCCCGUCUCUCUUUCCGUUCCAAUCCAUGAUACGGAUACAGAAAGUCUGGCAUCAGGCCAGGGGAUGUCGAGGGACUUUGCAUUUCCUUCUAUGCCUUCGCAGGGUAAUGACGACCUGUACGCUUCCUCUUCUUCCUCCGACACGACAGAGCAAAUGGAUCCGACUACUCUGGAUCUUCCGGAGAUUGUCGUUGCGGAAGAGGAACCUAAUACACCGAAGCAAGAUCUCGUUGUCUUUCCACCUACACCAGAAGACUCUCCCUAUGAACCUCCCCAGGAGGAACGUGUCGUCACCCCGCCUGCAUCAGAGGUUCCAGUAAUUCCAGACCUUCCAGAGACAGGCAUAGAUACUGACUGGGAGAACGUCGAGAUGGAGGAUGGUGCGCCAACGCCUCCACCCAAGGAUGACCCUAUGCGUCCCCUGAAAAUGUUCCCCUCUUCGUCUCGCGCUCCGUCACAGGUCCGCUCUGAGACAAUAGCUCCCUCUUCAUCAAAGCCAUUGGAUGAAUCUAAAGCUUGGUCCGAGGUUGAUGCAUCGUUGUCAGGAUCGCCGUUUGAAUUCAAGGCGGAUAGCGACUCCCCACCAGCAAUGCCCAUUCCCGUCCAUUAUUCCCAGGCACAGGUUCCCUCCCAUGAUACCGCUCUUUCUACAGCGGAACCCCCCAUAAUACUUUCUCCUGCAACCGACUCUCCGGCAGAUGACGAUGCUCCCAACCCAGUCGCAAGCAGCCUCCAGCAUUCACACUCAAUGGCGACAUCAAUAUCGCAAUCCACGGAGAUGGCCAGCAACCUCGCGCGCGCUUCCUCUAUCAACAAAGAUAUCCUAAAUCUCACACCAGAGGACCAGACGAACCCUCCCCCUCCCUAUCGGGACCCAGCUUUGACCACUGACGAAGCUGAAUCCCCAGAAGUCGAAUCAGGUCAAAGGCCACCGACGCCGUCCAGCGACAUAAGUGUCACCUCAACAUCUUCUCUCCUUCGAGACGCUAGAGACCACCACACAAAGAUGACUGAGUACAUCAACCGGGACAAGGAGUUGGAACGGCAGAUAGAGGCACUCGAAGCGGAUGGCGAGGAUGGCCUAAGCCUGAAGCUCUUGAAGACCAAGGAGUUGGAAGCCCUCAGGCGGAAAAUGGCGAAGACUAGGGAAAGAGCGGAGAGGAAGUUCCAUUACGAUAAUCUGGAGGAGCAAUCCAAUGAAAUCGAGUUGGGUGGCAUGACCGCACAGAAGGCGCUGGAAGCUACGGAGAAGCGGCUAGCGUAUCUCCUAAGCGAGGGGAAGCUAGAUAAACCAUUAAAUGUCACUGUGCCAAAGGCACCAAAGGGACGUUCCAUCAAGACGAAACUGCACACCGCUAUGAAAGAGUACGUCUCCAUUUUGAUCUCUUUCACCUGCAUAUUGGCUGACUGA